AUGCGGGAGAUUUAUGAUCUUGCCCGGAAGGCCUCGUCCGAACCGACGAUCCUAGAGAGUUUUCUUGCCCGCUAUCCGAGCGUGGCGAGAAUCGCCGAGGAUUUUGAGAACGCGCAUCUAAAGCUUAUACAAGAGACUACUGAGUUCGACGCCGAGGACGCGAUUCGGGCAGACUUCGAUAAAAUGCAUUACGCCGUGAAGGGACGGUAUCACGCGCUCACGGGCACGACGCUCGGAACCGCACAGGCUCAAUCCGCGAGCCACGCGUCGGCGAUCAAGUUACCCAAAAUUACGUUUCCGCAAUUUUCGGGCGAUCUUACGCUGUGGCCGUCUUUUAUCGCCUUGUUCAACACCUCGAUUCACGACAACCGACAGAUCUCGUCAAUAGAGAAGUAUCAAUAUCUGCUGGCCUCGCUAAAGGGGGAGGCGCUCAAUGUAAUCAAGAAUUUGCCCCUCGCCGCGGAGUAUUACAUGAUUGCAUACGACGCGCUGCUCGACAGGUAUCGGAACAGAAGGAGGCUAGCGGACCACCACUUAAAGUCGAUACGCGAAGCCAAACCGUUAAAGAUCGAAUCGGCCGAUGCCCUCCAUAAAUUAUUAGAUACGUUCACCGAAAACACUCGCGCGCUAAACCUGAUGAAGUUCCCUACCGAUUCGUGGGAUUUCCUUUUGCUCAAUUUCCUGCUCGAGAAGCUUCCCCGAUCAUUGCGGGAAAAGUUCGAAUCUGUCCAUCGGGCCGAAGAGAUACCGCGAUACGCUCAACUCAUCAAGUUUCUUUCCGAGCACUGUAAAGUACUUGAGGCCAUCUCGGGUCCGUCGACCAUGCCGUUCAAAUCACAAUCGUCCGCGUCGGCUUCGUCGCUUGCAACUCGAACUGCCGAGUGUCCGGCGUGCAAGGAACAACAUCUCGUGUUCAAGUGCCCUCGAUUCUUGAAACUAUCCCCCCGGGAAAGGCAUUUAACGGCCAAAACCGCGAACUUGUGUUUCAAUUGCCUUCGCGCGGGUCAUGGCACUAACAACUGCACAUCGACGGGGACGUGCCGGUCGUGCCAGGCUAGGCAUCAUACCCUAUUGCACUUCGGACGGAAUUCGGAUCCAGCGGACACCCCGGCGGAUACCGGAGCCCCCUCCGAAUCGGCCGCCGACGGGAGUUCGUCGCCACAAAAUAAUGAACCCCUCGUCACCAUGGCUAGCGUCGCGAAAUCGAGUUCGACAGUAUUAUUGUCAACGGUGCAGGCCGAAGCUCUCGACGUUCACGGAAAUCCCUUCCCUGUUCGCAUUCUUUUGGAUAGUGCCAGUCAAUUAAAUUUCAUUUCGGAAAAUUGCAUGAAAAAGGGUGGUUUCAAACGAACCAAGUGUCGUACUGUAGUCCUAGCGGUAAAUAAUACUAAAGCGGCUGCCACUCGAGGUAGCACCUCACUCGUGAUUCAAGUACCGGGUAAUGGCAAUACUCGCGUUCCGAUAGAGGCUACGAUUCUCCCACGCAUCUCCGCCCAAUUACCUAGUAGACAAGUCGAACAAAAAGCGUGGAAACACAUAGAGGGAUUAAAGCUCGCGGAUCCGCAGUAUCACCGACCUGGUCCCGUCGACCUCUUAAUCGGCGCAGAUAUCUUUGCCUCGUUGAUUCGGGACGGUCGUCGUCUAGGGAGGAAAGAGGAUAUCGGUAGCUUAAGACGCAACCAGAGUUGCUCCAAUCCUCUGCGAAAACUCGCCCCCUUCUUGGAUGGUCGCGGAGUCCUCAGGGUGGGCGGCAAGCCUACCCAUUCCGCCAUCUCAUACAAGGCUAAACACCCCGCAUUGCUGUUUAACCGACAUCGACUCACGGAACUUAUAGCAGAGCGCACCCACCGCCUACAUUUGUAUCCGGGACGUCGAGCGUCACAUUACAUCUUGUCACAAAACUUCUGGAUCCUAGUAGAAGCUAUCCUGAACUCCGGACCCCUCUGUCCCACCAGUUCAGACUCCAGCGACCUUGGGGUGCUUUUCCCGGGGUAUUUCCUUACCCUGGAGUCUCUCAUGGCGGUUCCACACCCUGACCUGAGCCCGGUGCCGAGAAACAGACUCGAUCGGUGGCAAAUGGUGCAACACAUGCACCAGCAGUACUGGAAGAGGUGGCAUGACGAGCACCUACACACCCUCCAACCACGACCGAAGUGGUUGCAAUCGGCCCCUACG